UCAAGGUUGCUGGAAAAAUUGAACAAAAUCCCACCAACCAUUCUCCAUACUUUCCAUGGCAAAGAUUGAAGUCAGCCCCACACAAUCCACAUUCCUUCACUGAAACACACCAAUAGAUUCUCCUCUCCAUCAUAUUAUUCAAGGAUUUACUGCAAUUGAUUACGGAAAAGGGAAAAUGUUAGCUUCUCGCCUCAACUCUCCAUUUCUCCAUUGUCCCCUUAAGCUUUCCUCCCCAUCCCCAUUUCCCACAAAACCCCUCAAAACGCAACGCUCUCCCUCUUCCUAUCCAUGCGUCAGAGCAGUUGAUCUUGAUCAGAGCACAAUAGUGGCAAUUACAGUUGGAGUGGUCAGUGUUGCAGUCGGGAUUGGAAUUCCUGUCUUUUAUGAGACCCAAAUUGACAGUGCUGCCAAGAGAGAAAAUACACAGGCAUGCUUCCCCUGUGAAGGCUCCGGUGCUCAAAAAUGUAGAUUUUGCUUGGGUACCGGCAGUGUGUCUGUUGAGCUUGGUGGCGAUGAGAAAGAAAUUUCUCGGUGCAUCAACUGUGACGGGGCUGGCUCAUUGACGUGCACCACAUGCCAGGGCAGUGGAAUUCAACCUCGUUACCUUGACCGUAGAGAGUUUAAGGACGACGACUGAGUGCUGCAGAGAACAUGGCUGCGUUCGGAUGAAUUCUCUAAUGCCAAAUUAACUGUGUUGAAGUUACGUGGAUAGGGCAUUGACACAUUUUUGCUCAAAUACAUAUAUAUAUUUUUGUGUAUUUUCUUGAUUUUGUGUAUUUCACUUGUUCGGCUUUUACAUGCAUUUGAUGUAUGUUGACUGAAAGCAGAUGUAGAGAACAAUGUGUGGAAAGGAGAAACUAUAUCUAUAAUAUCUUCAGUUUUUUAUGAUA